GUUUGGGUCCCCAUCCAUUACAUUCGUUCAGGGCUGCAGUGUACAUUGUUGUCCCUUUCAGCUUCCUGGAAUCAACAUAUAAGGAUGCUACAUCAUUUGUAAUGCACUCUUGAAUCUUCAGCUGGACCAUAUCCAUUUUUGCACGUAUAUUUAAUUGAUGGAAGAAGAACAAACCAAAGGCCAAAUGAACGCAGCAGCAUUCCCCUCUCCCACUGCAGAGAUGGCGGAGAUGAACCGCAUCCACUACGAGCUGGAGUACACAGAGGGCAUCAGCCAGCGCAUGAGGAUUCCAGAGAUGCUCAAAAUUGGCCCCUAUGGUCAUGACAACCCCGAGGCGGGCUCACAUGACCUGCACAACGUCAUGAUGCAGGUCCCAGAGAGGAUCGUAAUGUCAGGAGACAGUGAGGACUCUCAGUUCCCCAGGCCCAGAGACCUGGACUUGAUCCAGUCCACCCCGCUAGAGAGCCUGUCCCUGAAGACCCCUCCUCGGGUCCUCACCCUCAACGAGCGGCCGCUGGACUUCAUGGAAAUGGAGCGCAGUGCAGCCCCAGCCCAGCCCAGUGAGGAGGUGCGUUUGCAAGGGCGGUUGCGCCGGGAACGUUCAGCCAGCGAGAACACCACUGUCCGUCACAAUGGCCAGAUUGCCAGAAACGAUUCAACUGUGACCCCGUUCCCCCCAGCCCCUCUCCGCGUCUUCCCCCCUCUCGCCAUGGCCGAGGACGAACAGAACCUGUACAGCGCUAGCGGCGUUCUCUCUUUCAUCCAGUCCACCACGCGCCGGGCCUACCAGCAGGUCUUGGAGGUUCUGGACGAGAACCACCGCAGCAAGCCGUCACUGCGAGGGGGGUCUGCCUCGACCUCUAACCCCCUGCAUGAAUCCAGGCUUAACCUGGCCACUCUAGACACUACUCUGGAUGUUUCCAUGGCUCCUGAUGACAUGGCUGUCGUAGAUGCAGCAACGCUUCGACGUCAGAUCAUAAAGCUGAACCGGAGGCUCCAGCUCAUAGAAGAGGAGAACAAGGAGAGGGCCAAACGUGAGAUGAUCAUGUACUCCGUCACCGUAGCCUUCUGGCUUAUCAACAGCUGGGUUUGGUUCCGCCGCUAGAAUCCUUUCCCCGGAACCACUGACCGAGAGUGGAGAACAUAGAAGAGGAGGGAAGAGGCUAUGUUUCAAAUGGUAGAAAAAUGUACUCUCUGCAUUUAGCCACAGUGCUGGACAGCCUUGCUCUUGGGCAAUGGGAUGUUUGAUUUCAUUUUAUUGUAUACAUGUACUUGUAAUGAUUUUUUACAAUGCUAUAUAUUUUUUUUUUGCUUAAGAAUCAAAGAAUGACUCGGCUGUAAAUAUUUCUUCAUGUUACACAGUUGUUAUCAUUGCCCCUGAGGUAUUUCCAACAGAUGAGAGGUCUAAAGAAAAUGAAAUCAUAAGCCACGGUGGAGACGCAUCGAAAUGGGUUAAAUAUUUAUUGGGAAUUGGAAUGAUGUGAAAAGAUUAAAAAAUAAAUAUAUAUUGUGAAGCACUGCUGUUUAUAUUGUAAGAUAAUACAUAGUGUAAAAUUGACUCAUGGUUUUAACUGAUGUAUAGUACUGCAAGGAAAUAUAAAGUCACACUGUUGCUAUUACACCAUUCAUUAUGUUAUUAUUAUUUAUUCAUUGUGUAUGGCCCAUAUCCACCAAGCCAUAAGCAUGAUAUGCUUUUUCUCAUAUUUUCUUCUUUUUUUUAACCAAGAACUUUCUGGCUGAAGCACAAUGUUAUCAAAUUGGUUGUAGUUUUCAGUUGUAAUGUACCAGCAUAUUAUGCUGAGAGUCAUGCAAUUUUAUUGGAAUAAAUGACAAUAUAGCUCA